AUGAGAUCUUCAACUCUCACCACCGGCCUGUGGAUUUCGACCACCGUCGUCGCCUUCCCACAUCUCAUCCCGAACUUGGGUGCACCUCAGCCUAUUGCAGCUCGUGAGAUCAAUCCUGCCGCACCCCAAGGUGAGGGCGCUUUGCCGUUGGUCCCACCGCCUUUCGAUGCUGCUGUACAGCGUGUUAGUGUGUCGGGAGUGAACAAAUUCGUCCCGCCUGGUCCAAGUGAUGCUCGAGGACCAUGUCCUGGUCUGAAUGCUCUUGCGAACCAUGGAUAUCUGCCUCAUAAUGGUAGGGCAACUAUCAGUCAAUUCACAGAUGCCACUGAGAAAGUCUUUGGUAUGGGUCGCGAUCUUGGUGGUUUCUUGUCCCUUUACGGCGCACUUGUGGACGGCAAUGUACUUGGCUGGUCGAUCAGUGGUGGUCCGCAUGAAGGUAUUGGUGGCUCGCAUAAUAAUUACGAGGCGGAUUCUUCUCCGCUGCGUGCGGAUCUUAAUCAAUAUGGUAGUAAUCAGAGAUUGGUCAUGAGCCAGUUUCGUUCGCUGUAUAAUCGCCAACCGGAUGCUGUCACGGCCAACUAUAACUUGGAAGUUUUGAGGGACUUUCGCAAGGAACGAUACCAGGAGUCCAUUGAGAAGAAUCCAUUGUACAGCUACUUGCCUUUCUCUGGAAUUGAAGUCUCCCAGGCUGCAUUCACUUUCAUUUACCGCUUCAURGGCAACAAAUCCGAGGAAUUCCCCGCUGGAGUUCUGAACAAGGAAGUUCUCAAGUCAUUCAUGAGUAUCCAGGGACCAGAAGAUAACCUCAGAUGGGUCCCCGGCCAUGAGAGAAUCCCCGAGAAUUGGUACAAGCGCAAUCCUUCAGAUCAAUACACCGUUCCUGCUUUCGAACUCGACAUCCUCUACUUCGCCACCACAGUCCCCGAAAUCCUCCAAAUAGGCUGUAACAAAGGAACAGUCAAUUCCUUCCAACUCCUCGACCCUCAACUCCUCACUAACGGGCAAUACACCGCGAAACAAAUCUCCGCAAGCCCGUUGUGCUUUGCAAGUCAAUUCGCUUUAGCACAACUUCCUCUAAUUUCGGGUUUGGAUCGAAAUAAUCCUUUGCUGAAACCUGUGGUGAGGUUGUUGGAUUCUGUGACUAGUGGGUUGAAUUUGAAUUGUGCGAAGAUUGGGUCGUUGAACAUGUCGGCUUUGGCUGUUUGUCCGGGGUUUUCGGUGUAUGGGGGGCCGGGUGGAGUUGUUGCUGCUGGGGCUGUUCAGUCUUAG